UCAUCCAUCAGAGAUUCAAGAAGAAAAACCCUAAAUAAAUAAAAACUAUUCAAAACCCUAACAGGUUCUCUCAGACAUAUUAAAAAAAAUGUCAGACAACAUCCCUCUGGAAAUCCAAAUGGAUAUUAUUCAAAGAUUCCCUGAUACAAAAUCGCUGAUUCGAUGCCGAUCUGUCUCAAAGGCAUGGAAAUCUGUUAUCGAUAGCAAGGAUUUUGUUGCUGCCCAUACUCUCCGCCAUCAGGCCCACAAUCAGCAUCUUCUUAUACGGACAGAAACUCGCUGUGAUGUCUAUUUCCCCAUUGAUGAAAAUCGCCCUGAGGUAAAAUAUCUGUCCAUUGCUGAUGAUGAAACUGUCCCACCUCAAAAUCAUGUUGUGUUUGUUCCCGAUUCGGUUAAAAAAUUCCAUAGUGUUAUCGGUACUGCUUACGGGUUGUUUGCGUUGUUCUUAUCCAAACCGGAUACCGUUGUUAUCUGGAACCCUUUCAUUAGGAAAACUGUUGAAAUUCCAGUACCCUGUGAAAAGCAUAAUGUUUUUGGUUUUGGUGUUUGUCCUCGGAAUCUUGACCCUAAGCUUGUUAAGAUUACAUUUGAUAGUCAAUUACAAGAUGGAAGUACUGGGACCCAAGUUGAGGUAUUUUCGUUAAGUUCAGGGGGGACUUGGAGAAGUCCGUUAAGUAGCAAUGUUCCUCAUAGAUCGAUCCGAUUUGGGGGUUGGCCAGGGCACGCAGUUGUAGACAGGUUUAAUUAUUGGAUCGCCUAUGAUAGUAUUAAUGUGGAUGAUGGACCAAGGGAUCACAUUCUAAUCAUGUCAUUUGAUUUGACAAGUGAAGAAUUCGUCAAUGUGAACCUCCCUGAUCCUUUAAUACACUCUGAAGCUGAUUUGGCGAUAUUAAACCUAAAGGGUUCUCUUGCUGUUAUUGAGUUCGAGCAGACAGAAGUUAUUCAUGUAUGGCAGAUGAUUGGGCAUGGUUGUACCAGAUCCUUUAAUAAGCUAUACUCCAUUAACGGAGGUGAUGAAUCGAUACAUACAAUAUAUGUAUUCCGAAAGAGUGGUGCACCCAUAGUCGAUUACAAUGAAGAAUCUGAUCAUCCAGUUCGUGGACUUGCUACUUACGAACCAGAAUCAAAAAGCAUUACUAACAUGGGAAUUCAACUAUUAAAUGGUAACUCUUCUGUUCAUUCCUACAUGGAAACGCUACUUUUGGUUGCUCAUUGAGAUCAUGUUGAUUGUUCCGUCAGCAAUAGAGGACAGAGAUGAUGACCACAGUGCUUUUGUUAUCCGUGAGAUCCAUGUCUAACAUUAGUUAUGUUGAAUCUUACUUAAUUUUAAACGGUAUCCCCUAUUGUUUUUGUUAUGUGUAGUGUUGGUCUAUAUGUUUCAAGAUAUAUAGGGUUUAUCUUAUUCCACAAAACCUUUCAUACAUGUUAGGAUGGGCCUUCCUUCCCCAUUCUGGCAUUGACUUGGUGAAAUCGUACUUUCGCUUUUUUGUCUUAUAUUUUGUUAAAUCUUUCUAAGCCUAUUAUUUGAUCGCAGUAUGGCA